AUGGGCCGACCCACGGGCUGCUUCAGGGCCCUCCCUCGGUCGGUUUCGAGCUCCUCCCUGGUCUGUUUCAGGGCCCGCUCUGGCCCUCGGGCUGCCCGUCACCCAGCGGUACCUGCCAGCUGGAGCCUGAGCCUGAUCCGGAGCCUGCUGCCGGUGUUUGCUGUACACACAAUGGCUGCUACAUUUCCUAUACCGCAGCAGUAACUCCUCUUUGAAAGAUACUCCGUUGGCUGUGAAGUGAUUUGGGAUGUUCCAGGAUCGUGAAAGGCACUAGAUAAAUGAAUGAAGCGGCCAUGGAUCCAGGGAGCAACAUGCUGUACGUGGACUUCCCCAACUUCAGCAGCCACCUCCUGGAGAGCCUGAACCAGCAGCGGCUGGAGGGCAAGUUCUGCGACAUCUCCAUCCACGUGCAGGGCAAGGUGUUCAAGGCCCACCGGGCAGUGCUGGCGGCCUCCUCGCCCUACUUCCAUGACCAGGUGCUGUUCCGCAAUACCAGCCGCCUGGUGCUCCCGGGCGUGAUGGACGCGCGGGCCUUCGAGGGCAUCCUAGCGUCGUGCUACGCCGGACGCCUGGCCGUGCCGUCGGCCGACAUCGUCAGCUACCUGACGGUGGGCAGCUUCCUGCAGAUGUGGCACGUGGUGGACAAGUGCACCGAGCUGCUGAGGGAGUGUCAGGCCCCAGCCCCCAGCGGCCAGCGGCCGUGCCGUGUCACCGACAACCAGUCCCCAAGCAGCAGCAGCAACAACUACUUCAGCCCCCGGGAGGCCAGGCCCGAGGCCGGGGAGGUGACCCCGGCCAAGGCGGACCCCCGUGAGGAGGGGGAGGAUGACGACGAUGAGGACGAAGAGGAGGAGGAGGAGGUGGUGGAGGAGGACGAGGAGGACGAGGACGAGGAGGUGGAGGACGGUGACCAAGAGGCGGCCAAGGCUAAGGAGGUGGAGCAGAAGGUCACCAGUAACCAGGGAGGCCCGGGCAGCGGCGAGGUGUCGGCAGGGGGUUUGCCGGACAGCCCGUGGCCCCAGCCAGCCUGCGUGCAGCCCGGCAUCGUGCCGCACAAGCGCUGGGUGCACGUCAAGAAGGAGAAGCCGGACGAGGGAGACCUGGUGCUGACCUGCGAGGAGGACGAGCAACACUUUGUGAAGGCGCCGGGCCGGCGGCGCAGCGAGCCGCAGCUGCUCAGCAUCAGCGACGUGUGCACCCUGGCCGGGCCUGAGCUCCUGGGGGCUGAGGAGCCUGCUUUCGACGAGCAGAUCGACUACUGUGGCUCGUCCGAGGACUUGGCCUAUGAACCGCUGGAUGAGGGCGCGCCGCGAGCCUACCCGGGCCAGGCCCCCGGCGGACAGCUGUCCACCUACCACCCCCGGGGGGACACUCACCACGGCGCGGUGCAGGCGGCAGCUGGCAGCCCGGGACCUGGCGCCAAGCUGUUCGCCUGCCACUGUGGCAAGAGCUUCACCCACAAGAGCCAGCGGGACCGGCACAUCAACAUGCACCUUAACCUGCGGCCCUUUGGCUGCACCAUCUGUAACAAGAAGUUCAAGAUGAAGCACCACUUGGUGGAGCACAUGAAGAUCCACACCGGCCUUAAACCCUUUGAGUGCCACGUCUGCAGCAAGAAGUUCAUGUGGCGUGACAGCUUCCUGCGGCACAAGGCGGCGUGCGAGAAGCUGCAACGAGCGACCACUGCCAACCCGGACAUCAAUUGAUGGGGGACACGGUGAGGUAGGGUCAGGGGGUGUUGGUAGUGUGGGGGAGGAAGACAACCAGUGGCCGGUCACCUGACCCCUUCCUCUUCCCUGACCAUCCUGCCCGCCAGCCGGCUCAAGCCUCUUCCCAAGCUAGCGGUCAGCACUCAGCCCGUUUCCCUUCUCACGUUUUUAACCAUCAGGUGAGUGAGUCUCUACAGGAUCUUGGCUGCGUUUCUCACGUAGCUCUUUGCUGCCACUAUUUCCUGACGUGUCCCUGCUACGGGACCAGUGGCACGCUUGGUUUGCAAAUGGCUUUUGCAGUGCAGUGUGGAAAGUGUCUCUACCCUUCAGCCAGAAGGCACUGCAUUCAAGUCACCUCCAGACCCCUGCCCUGCUGCAGAGGUGUGUAACAAAGUCUCUGAAUGGGUUGAUUAGCAAAUUUCUGUGACGUAUUGACUAGGGCCUCAGUGGUAGAGCAUCUACACCCCUUCCCACCCCUCCCCACCUACCUGCUGACUCUUCCUAAUCACAACCUGGCAUCUUGGUGUGUGAAGUCGAGCUGCAGGCUGGUCAUUCAGAAAGGGCAAAGGCAGGCAGAUUGGUUGGAAUUGCAGGUCAAGUCAGAUCGGAUGAGGCACCCUCGGUCAUCCAAAACCGGCCAGAUAGAGUGCCUGGUUCGGUUCGAUACGGAGAAGUGGACAGGCAACACCGGAAGGACCGUCUGGUGCUGUGAAUUGUGUGAAUUCUGUUGAAUCAACGGAUGUUGAGCAAAAUUUAGCGAAGAGGUGAAGCAGAAGGGAGAAGGCAGAUGUAUGCUGUUCUGGCUGGAUCAUAUGGCCAGUGUACCAUUGGGUUAUGGCGACAAAAUAUCAGUAUGACCCUGAAACCUUUUAGGUCAGCAGAGAGAAGAGCUAACAAGGUUGAUGGGUUGGCUAAUGCCAGAGGCUAAGAUUUAUGUGGAAGAGCAGGGAAUAACGUGGACUGCUUGAGCUUUUAAGAGACAGACUUGAGGGCUGCAUCUUCAGUUGCCAAGCUGUGACAUUCCCUCCUUCCUGCUUUGAGGUGUUCCUUAGUGUUGGCUUCGUUGGCUAAGUUAUUAGCAUCGCUCUCCCUGAUAUGUAACUCAGUGCCAAGUCUGUUGGUUUAGCUCUUUGGCAGCGUCUUGGAGACUUCACGUUACGCUAUUUGAGAAGUGAGGUUCCAACAGCGUGGUGCCAAAUUAAGGGAGUCCUGUUUUCUGGCCAUUCACUGAUUUAUUUUGAAUUACAUUCUUGAUAAAAUAACAGAACCAAAAACCAAGAACCUAGAGGUUAGCUGAGAGCCAUACAUAGAUACUGUGAUGUGGGGUGUUUUGUGUAAACUCUCUAGAUGCUUUAUGUCAAAGAUCAAGGAACUAACUUGACCUCUGACUUUCCCUUGAUAGAGUAGAUUGACAUGAACUGUUCUGGCAACAGAAAACAAGUUGGGUAGGAAAGCCUAUGGAGGUUAUAAAAAGCCAACUUUGCAGUGCUGGUAAAUUGCAUUGAGUAGUCAGGUAAUUUCCCGUUGUGCCAAACUCGCCUCAUACCCUUUAGUACCUGGCUCAGUCAGUUGAAAUGUACACAAUACACCUCCUCCUGUGCAGUUCAAGUGCAGCUUCCUUUGGUUGAUCAGCCUGGAAUCGAACUGCACAGUCUAGGACAGCCCUCAGCAUAAACCAUGAGUUGCAACUUACCAAGAAAAAGGAAGAGAGAUUUUCAGAGGUUCCCCAUUCCCAGCUGCUUUUGAGUGACUUUCUGUAAAAGGAGGGGACUGCUUUGGGAUCUGCCUUUUUGCUCUAUUUGCCUGGGAUUUCAAAAAAAGUCAUUAUGGAAGGGUGAGAUUGGAAAGCCGAAGGAAGUUUGGCAUAGGGAUGGGGGAAAAAUAACUUGCUGGUAGGGGACACAGAUUGAAGAGUAAAGGAGGCAGAGAGGUUUAUGAGAGAGAGCACAGAGGCUGUUGAGUUAACCAGGAGAAGAUCUUGGAGUCAUAAUGUAUCACAGCUUGGAAAGAGGACCUUUGGCCCAUUGAGUCUGUGCCAGUCAUCAAACACCUUUCUACUCUAAUCUCCUUUCCUAGCACUUGAGCCAUAGCCUUGUGUGGUAUGGUGUUUCAUUGUUCAUCGAAGUACUACUUAAACAUGGUAAUUUUUCCUGCCUUUACCUCCCUCUCAAGCAGUGAGUUCCACUCUGGGUGCAAAACUUUCUGCUUGAGUCCCCUCUGAACCACCCAUACUUGCCUUAAAUCUAUGUCCCAGGUAAUUCCCCUCAACUAAGGAGAAAUGUUUACUCUUAUCGACCCUAUCCAGCCCCUCCAUAAUUUGUAGACCUCAGCAGGCUCCUCUGUCAGUCUUCUGUGCUCUAAGGAAAACAACCCUAGCCUAUCCUAGUCUCUCUUCAUAACUGAAUCGCUGCAGUCCAAGUGACAUUCUGGAGAAUCUCAUCAGUACCGUCUCCAGAGCAAUCACAUCCUUUGUAUGGUCAGGGAACUAGAACCGCACACAGUAUUCCAGCUGUCGCCUAACCACUGUCCUGUACAGCUCCAUCAUAAUCCUCCAACUCUUGGAUUCUGUGCCUUUACUAAUAAAGGCAAAUAUGCUAUGUGCCAUUUUAGCCAUCUUGUCGACCUGUUCUGUUGUCUUCAAAGAUCUUUGCACAUGUACACCAAUGGUUCUCCAAUCAUUUGUAAUAGCAGGGUCCUACCAUUCAUUGUGUACCCCCUUGCUUGAGAGUUCUUCCAAAAUGCAUCACUUCACGCUUUUCAGGAUUAAAUUUUAUCUGCCAUGGUUCUACCCAUCUGACUAGCCUGUCUAUAUCAUCUUGUAAUCUGAAGGUUAGCAUAACAGGGGUGGUCUCUGAAUGGCGACGGAUAGUUUUGGUCAUGAUAGUCUUCUUUUUCCAAGAAAAUUAAUCUGCCUUCUAAAACAAACACUAGCACACCUGGAUAAUAAAAUGUGAGGCUGGAUGAACACAGCAGGCCAAGCAGCAUCUCAGGAGCACAAAAGCUGACGUUUCGGGCCUAGACCCUUCAUCUGAGAUGCUGCUUGGCCUGCUGUGUUCAUCCAGCCUCACAUUUUAUUAUCUUGGAAUCUCCAGCAUCUGCAGUUCCCAUUAUCUCUGACACUAGCACACCUGGUCUGAGCAAAGAGUGUGGGUUGAUGCUUGAUGAACGGUCACUAGACUUGAACUGUUAACUCUGUUUUGACAUCUACAGAUGCUGCCAGACCUGCUGGGUUUCUCCAGCACUUUCUGUUGUUGUGCUGAUGUUUCACUCUUCUGUCGUCUUUGUGUGGCCAAUCCCCGGCAUCAUCAACAACCACAAAGGCUGUCUUCACCAUGCCUGAACCGAGUAGUGUCACGUAAAAGGGCUGAAGGAAUUUUUAUUUUUUAUUUUACUGAUUUUGUUUUUAAAUUCAUUCCCAGGAUUGUAGGUAUCGCUGGCUGGGCCAGUGUUUAUUGCCCAGAGGACAGUUAAGAGUCAUCCAAAUUGCUGUGUGGUAGAGAGUCACAUGUAGGCAUGGCAACUUAUGCCCCUAAGGGACAUUAGUGAAUCAGAUGGGUUUUUCCUGUAAUUGACGUUGGUUACAUGGUCAUCAUCAGACUUUAAUUCCAUAUGUUUUUAAAAAUUGAUUUCACAUUCCACCAUCUGCCAUGGUGAGAUUUGAACGUGGGUCCCCAGAAUAUUAUGAAGGCCAGAGAACAUCCCUGGGUCCCUCCAUCCUCGCUUAUUGCUUGCUGGUAGAGAGCAAUAAUUAUAUCCCAUCUCUGCAGUCACCAGUUUAAGCAUAUUAAGUAUGCUGGCUAAUUUUUGCAAUUCUGUGCCCUCUGACCAAAAGCUGUCCUGAGUUUCAGGCUGGAGAGGCUUCACUUAGCUGUUCACACUGUUGGCAGCUCCCAUGAGGCAUUCAAAAGAUGGAGCCUUCAGUUGGCAUGUUUGCGCAUGAGCUGGUGUGGCUUCAAGUAGCGAGUGUGCUCAUUGCCUGUUUUUGGCUGUUAGUCCAUGAAAACUGGAUUCCUCAGAAGCUCAUACAGCAGAGACGAUUGAUGGGAGGACCAGCGUUUGCCUCUUAGAAUGAAAUUUGGGGAGGGUGCAUUUAAUCCCACUUUCUUACCAGUUCUCAGCCCCACAAACCCCACUCACUUCCACACUUGAAGCUCCACAGCAAUCCGCUCUUGUAUAUUAGCUUUAACCCAGUGAAAUGCUGUGGAUUGCUUCAGAAGAGAGUUAUCAGACAAGAUGUGGCACUGAGCCACACGAGACAAUAUUGGGACAGGUGACCUGUAGCGUGAUCUACUGACUCUGCCACUUGUGGGAAAGCUGGUGACUGGUGAGCUGGGCCGAUGAGGUACUUGGAGUGUUCCCUUGACUCCUUGAUGUUCCGAACAAACUUUCACUGUUUUAAGCGCCAUCCCAAAUGACCCUUUUUCAUUUUUGUUGAUCAUAGUACAGGAGCUCCCAUAAGUCAGCAAGGGUGUUUGACCUUUGAGAUCAUUGAGAAAUCCACAGGGUCUGGCAGAUUGUUUGAGUUAGAACUUGCCGCAAUUUAGUGCGAGGUUAAAAACGGCACCCAAAGUGUCAUCCACCAGCCCAGCUUUGUGCAUGGCACAUAACCUUGACUCCCCUUGUUGCCUGUUGUACCUGGCAGUACAAGGUUGCAACAUGAUAGAAUAUCAAUACUACUUAGGAAAUUUUUGAAAUUUGUAUUAUAAAUUGUACCAUAGUUUAAAAGGCGCCAAUCCCUGCCAUAUCCCUUUUCAUGACCACCCGAUGUGUCAAAGCACUUUGAAGUCAGUGAAGUUCUUAUUUGAAAUGAAAUAGGGCAGCCAAUUUGUGCACAGCAAGUUUCCACCAACAGCACUGAGAUAAUGACCAGAUAAUCUACUCUUGUAAAUUGUUAAGGAAAAAAUACAUAUCAGGACAACAGGGAAAGUUCCCCUGCGGUUAGAAUAGUCAUAGAGUCCCUACAGUGUGUCAGCAGGCCAUUCAGCCCGUUGAGUCACACUGACCCUCUGAAGAACAUUCCACCCACUCCAACCCUAUCCCUGUAACCCUGUAUAUCCAUUGGCUAAUCCACGUAGCCUGCACAUUCCUGAACCCUAUGGGCAAUUGCGCAUACUCACUCCACCCAACACACACACAGAUAUGGGGAGAGCGCGCUAACGCACAUGGACAGUAAACCCAAGGCUGGAAUCGAACCCAGGUUCCUGGUGCUGUGAGGCAUCAGUGAUAACCACCGAGCUGCCGUGCUGCCCUUCAGAUUCGUGCCAUUGGAGCUUCUACAUUUGUCUAAGCGGGCAAAUUAUGCCCUUGGUUUAAUGUCUCAUCCAAAAGACUGUGCCUUUGAUAGUGCAGCUCGCUCCCAGCCUCGGCUUUUUGUACUUUAGAACUAGAGUGGGACUUGAACCUGGAACAACGUCAAGUGUGCUACCACUUUUCACUUUUCUGAUUGACAGAAUGGGAGUGAUUUUAAUGCAGUUUCCCCAGACCAUUGACGCAUGCCUCCUCCCUCAUCAAGGGAAUAGUGGCCACAUUUUACGUUGGAAGAUUCCAUGGAUGAGCUUCGAAGUUUAAAUGUGUCGUGGUGACUUCUGCUGGAAGGGGGUAAAUGGAAGUAAAACAUUAGGAUUGACAGCCACUUGCUAGUCAAGGAGGGGAUCCUUUAGAUUUGCCCCAUGCGGAACCUCCCAAUAACCAUGUUUGGUAUCCCUUGCUGCAGCCUCCAGGGGAAAUCCGAAAGGUGGAGAUAUUCAGGAAGUUCCAAGUUUGCCUGUGGGUGAGAGGGAGGUGGUUGGCAAAUGCCAACCGUCAGUGCAGUAUUGUACAUCAAGAAUCCUGCCACCCCAUACCACGCCCAUUUGCUCUUGAUAUUCAGAUGCUUUUUAUGUGGAGUAUCAUGUCAUGAAGUUAAUCAUAUGCUAAACAAGCUGCUGAUGAUCCGAGGUCAUUUGCUUCCUGCAUGUUUCUGUGGCUUAUAUCCUUGGGGCAGGUUUUUCCAAAUAAAUCCACAGUAGACAAUCCAUAGUGUGAGUUAAUGUAGAAUAUAACUAUGAUGUAGUUUUGAGCCAGCAUUCUCACCUCGGAGUCAGAAUGUUUGGGUUCAAGCCUCCCAUCGCAGGUUCUCAGGCACCCGAUGUCAGCUGACUUCCCAGUGUAGUAAUGAGGGAGUGCUACACAGUUGGAGGUGUCCCUUUCAGAUGAAAUUGAGGCCUCUCCUACUGUCAUUGGAGGAGGCACUAUUUCAGUGAUGUGAAAGCUGGUUCUCCCUGGGGCCUCAAUUUUUUUCCCUCUAAAAUCACUUCAAAACAGAUGAAGUCAUUAUCAGAUUGCUAGUUGUUUGGAGAGGUGGGGGGUUGGUGUGGAGUUGCUGUAUGCAGACUUGUGGCUGGAUUUGUGGCUAAGUACUUGGUCCUCACCAUGGGGCUUCUUGAGAUCAUGAAGAGUUCUGUAUGUAAGUAUUUGCUUCUCUCUGUUUCACAGUUGUGAAUUUGAAAGUGAGAAUUUCAGCAGCAAAAGGGCAGUUUGAAGGUAACAUAGAGGAAUUCCUCCUGCCUCUGAGCAUCGUGAAAUCCUGCCGGCAUUUUGGAACAGUCUUGGGCAAAUCUGCUUCAACGGCCAGUCUCCAAGCCUGAAUCUAAUCCUAUGUUAUACUGGCCAAAAUCUGAGCUACCACAUCCCAGGCGAAGAGGCAGGUCCCAAAUCUACCUAUUUGGGAACUGAACCCAAGUGCUCUUGGCCUUGUUUAGAACCUGUGCCUAGCAAAUUGAGGUAACUGCUCCUCUUCACUCUCCUAGUCAAUGUGUCAACGAUGGAUAACAGAGAAGCCCCUUGAAGGAUUGUCCUUUUCCUUGUCCUAUUUUCUCAUGUUCAGCAUAUGUUCAAUCAGAGCAGUAUUCUGAAUUAGUUGUCUCUAAAUGCCAGCAUUAACUAGGACACUUUUCAUUUUUGCGUCCUGUUUAUUGCUGGAAGUCCAAAGUAGGCAUGUUUUCAGGGAGUUUGCUGUCCGAGGUCCGGACAUGUUUCAUCAAGCAUUUUCUGUUUGCCUCAGAUCCACAGCAAAGAAACAGGCCAUCUGGCUCAACCUAUCUAGGCCUAUGUGAGCCUCUUCCCAACUGUCUUCAUCUCAUUGAAUUCCUUUCUCCCACCUUUGUUCUAAAUCUGUUUUCUCUUUAAAAUUCAUUUGUGCCAUUCACCCCAACUCCCUUAACCACUGCACAUUCCAGUCACAUGAUAAAGGUGUUUCUGCUGUGGAUGGGUUAAAGCAACGUUCCCAGUGGGCAUCAAAACUAUCCUCCUGCCUGUCCUGUUGUUAGGAAACUGCUGCAUCUCUGGGCAGGUCUGCCUGGCUUUCAUGACCCUUGUUUGUAUUUGGAUCUGUUGAGAACCAAAUUUCUCUUUCAGUUUGAGCCAGUCAUAAUGGUAGCUUUGAACAUUCAAAAAGGAAUCUGAAUAUUUGUAAGGCUUGGAUAUUGGGACCUAAUAGAUGCCUCUUUUUCUCAUGGCAACCUGAAUGACUUUUCUCCACUCAGAGUGGUGAUGCACUGCUGUUUGAAAGCACUGGAUGUGCCUUGUGGACGAAUGGGGUUAGUCACAAUGGAUGAUGUAGCAACACUAGGACUUUGUUGACUGAGUACAGCGAUGCAUGCUCCUGGAAAUUUCCUCUUUAACCACAGUAAGGCCAGUGUUUGUUGCUCAUCCCUAAUUGCCCUUGAGAAGGUGGUGUUGAAUCCCUAGAGUCUUUGAGGUGUGGGAAUAUUCAGUGCUGUUAGGAAGCGAGUUCCAAUGAAGGAACUGUGAUAUGCUCCCAUGUAAGGACAGUGCUCUCCUUGGAGGAGCUGUUGUAGUAGCAGUGUUCGCUGGUGUCUACUGGCUUUGUGCAUCAAGAUAGUAGAGGUUGCAACUUCGGAAGAUUCUGUCAAAGGAUCCUCAGUUGCGAUAGUGCAUCUUGUACAUUAUAGCCACCGCUGCCACUGUGUGAAAAUGAUGGAAGGAGUGAAUGUUUAAACUGGGGGGUGGGCAUUUUUGUUCAGGAUGGUAUCAAGCAUCUUGGGUUUAGUUGGAGUUGCAUUUAUUUAGCCAAGCAGGAUGACUUUGGAGAGUCAGGAAGCGAGUCAUGUCAAAGCAGAUGAGCUAGGAGCAAGAGUAUUCCAUUUGGCCAUUUGAGCCUUCUCCACCAUUCAAUAUGAUCAUGUCUGGUUCUCAUCUUUCCACUUUCUCUCCAUACUCCUUGACAACAUACUUGCUUCUAAGCUUUUCCUGUAGCUAAGGUCUUCACAUGCCCAAUAUAACCAAAAGAACUGUGGAUGCUGCAAAUCAGAAACAAAACAGAGAUUGCUGGAAAAGCGCAGCAGGUCUGGCAGCACCUGUGAAGAGAAAUCAGAGUUAACGUUUCGGGUCUGGAGACCCUUCCUCAGAGCUUUUCCAGCAGUCUCUAAUUUUGUUUCUUCAGAAGCCUGGCUCAAUUAAGAUUCUGGGCAUGGUCACUCUCAGUUGUUAUUAAAAGUGACAUAGAAGUGGUUGAUUUCUCUUGUUACCCUUCAUGGGCAUGAAUGUUACUCCAGUGUUACUUAUACAAAGAGGUUGGUUAGCUUGGUUGGUUUGUGAUGCAGAAUGACACCAACAGCCUGGAUUCAAUUCCCACACCAGCUGAAGAUACCAGGAAGGAUUCUCCUUCUCAACUCCUUCCCUCGUCUGAGGCAAAUAAUAGUUUGGUCUUUAUUGUUAAUGGGAGAAAGUCUGUUGAAAUUGUGCAUGGCUUUGGUGAGACCACAUCAGGAUAACUUAACAAUUUCAACUCCCUACAAACAAAACAAUAUGCUUUCCUUUGGGGCAUUGUAGUAAUGUUGGUUCACUAAGGUAAUUCCUGGGCCAGCAGGAUUGCCCUAAUAAGGAGAGAUUAGGUAGUUUAGGCCUGUAAUGCUUUGUGGGGUUAAGAGUAAGGACCCGUCAUAUUGAAUAAAAUUAGGUUUGAGAGGGAGCUGCUGGACACAGGAGGCUGUAUUCCUUCGCUAGGGUUCAAGCCCAAAAGGGUAUAGCAUCAGGAUAAGGCAUGAAUGAUUUAAAACUGGAGUGAAGAGAUAUUUCUCCAGUCGGCAGAUCAUGAUCCUCUGAAAUUCUACUCCACACCCCUAGAGAUCUCUGGAUACUUAAGGUUGGGGGUGACUGAAUGACUCUGUUGGAAUUGAGGGUAAUAGAGCAUGGGCAACGGGUGAAGCAAGAAAGCAAAGUUAAUCUUGUGGAUCAGCUCUGAUCUUACUAAACCGGGGAGGCAAGUUCAAGAGGCUGCCUGGCCUGCUGCUGGGAUUUAUGCACGCAAAAAUUUAUUUAUUUUGUACCUAUUCCUCUAGAAACGAACCCUGCUACUUUAGACGUAUUUUUAAUUAUUUUGCACACUUGUGUCCCUAAGAUCCCUUUGCUCUUCUACCUCAUCCAAUUUCUUAUUUACAAAGUACGUAAUUUUUCUGUUUUCCUUUCAAGGUGCGCCGCCUCAUAUCUGUGUGUUAAAUUGUAUUUGCCCAUGACUGUACAGUUUGUAAGGUCCCUAUAUGUGUUUUCUUUUAUAUUAUAAUGCAUGAGCAAGUUUAGACAGUAACUAGAGUACUUAUCAAGUUACACACUGAAAGACCUGCAGCAAUUGCGUCAUAUAAAUUAUUCGGGUUACUUUAGCUCUGCCAACAGGUGUAGGAACGAUAUUGACUGGGAAGAUCCCAGAUUUGAUCUCUGUGCAGUGCUGGAGCAGCGUUUGUGGGCCAUAAUUAGCCACGUUGGUCUGAGGUGGACAAUAGCAAGGUAGCUGAGAUUUCCACUCCUGAUCACAAUUCAGUACUUGUGUAGAAAUCCUAUUGUGGCAAUUUUAACCCAUGGGAAAUGUGGCAGGAUCAGGUGCUGCAAUGUUUAAUCACCUCGCAACCCGAUUUUACACUUCCAUUCAACCUGAUCCUGUGGGAUUCCCACUUGUGCCUACUGCCUCUCUGUCUGUGAGCCAGGUUGAAAUAAACCCACAUCCAGUAUGGGUGUGAUCAAAUACAGUAUUCCAAAGUGAAAUACCCUUCCUGUGGUUCUACAUGAACACUGACCUCAAGGGUUCACCUUUGGAAGUUAGUCAUUGAGCACCUUGUUUCUCCAAUUGAACACUGGGGGACGUUUUAGUGAUAGAGAGAGAGGGAGUGCCUGAGUGCAUAGUUUUCCAUCCAAAGGAUACAUUCUUUCAGCAAAAUGGACUGGCACAAAAAAUAGAAGAUUCAGGAGAUCAGGUUUUCUUUAUCCUUUGCAAAGGGGUUGCUUGCUUUUCAAAUGGGGCUGCAGAAACUUGGUGUUUUGACAUGGUCAAACCUUGUGGGUGGCCACAUUCCACUUAUGACUGUGCUAGUAAUGACUCUUUGACUGCUUCCUGUGCUAGCAGUGGCUGUCCACUAUCUCCAUGUGAUACCAUUGUAAUAGCAUCAAUAGUGACUGUAUGUUGUCACAGUGUUGGUAGUGAUAGCCCACUAUCACAACUGAUACUGUUCUCUCAGCUUUACUAGUGACACUCCACUAUCUCUGCAAUACUGCUGUCACAGUAUUGCAUAGUGACUGUCCACUGUUUCCAUGUGACUCUGAUAAUGUUUUUAUUGCCUCCUUGAUGUUGCUCAUGAUCCUGUGUUGGCAUUGGCUGAUUUCCCCUUGGUGUAGCAUUAUUUUGUUUCUUUAUGAUUGCUCUACACUGUGUAAUUUCAGGCAGUGUAUGUAAGUACAUGUAUGUGCUUAAGUGUGUGUACAUUGCAUUUCUAUUCUGCCAUGAUGACCUGCAAGUAUUGUUGUGUAUUAACAUUAAAAGUAUUGUCUGAUGUGAGUGGGGAGAGCCAUGUUUUCCAGCCUUUAACACAUGAUAUGUAACUCAAUGAUCAUUAAGUAGUGCCUAAUUGGAAAACAAGAAAAUGAGAUUGUAGGGAAACUAGAAAUGAAUCUUUUUAGCUAGCAGUAUAAUUGCCUGCGUUUAAAGUAAAUAUUAGAUUUGUUGUAAUACCUUAGUAUUCAAACUUGGAUUUGUAUAAGUUUUUUAAAAAUAAAUUUAAUUAUGGUCUUAUUGCCUGUGAUAAAAACAUUAAAAAAAAUUGUUUUGAGGUGCAAGU